AUAAUCGGACUCUUAUGAGUAACGUAUGACUUCCAGUUAAAAAAAGUCAAAACCCCAUAAAUAAAUCUCUGUCUCUCUCUCUCUCUCUUCAUUCAUCCACCACUUUCCUUUGCUUUCCCUGAAAAUCCUCUUGCCCAUCAUUUUUUCAUGCCAAAGUUGGGUUCUUUUGUGCAUGUUUUGCUUCAAAGCUUGAGCCUUUCUUCAGUGGGGUGUUUCCAAUUGGCGUGUGAGAUCUGAUCUGUAUAUAUUCUUUUACUUUUUGAAUUUGUGGAGCAACCACUGACCAUAGCUUUGAGCUGAAAAGUGUGAUUUUUUUAAGGACUAGUGUGGUAUGAAUGUGUUGGUUGUAAAUCUCAGUUAGUUGGCUUCUGGAGAUUCAUAGAAUCCAUAGCUUUUUUUAAUAAGCGAAAAAGGAUUUUGGAAAAUGAUUGUGAGGAAAAACAUGGGGCGUGGGAAGACACUACUCAUGCUGCUUAUGGUGCUGGGAUUUUUGUUUGCCACUUAUAACUUUGUGUCAUUGAUCAUAGAACAUAAGGCUGGAGGUUUGUUGGAACCUUUUGAUAAGAAAGUCAUGGAGUCAACCAGCUCUAAUUUGAAAUACCAUGUUGCAUUGACUGCAACCGAUGCUGCUUACAGCCAAUGGCAAUGUAGGAUCAUGUACUACUGGUAUAAGAAGGUGAAGGACAUGCCUGGAUCAGACAUGGGAAAGUUCACUCGGAUUCUGCAUUCAGGAAAGGCAGAUCAGUUGAUGGAUGAGAUACCUACAUUUGUGGUUGAUCCCCUGCCCGAGGGCUUGGAUCGGGGUUAUAUUGUCCUAAAUAGGCCAUGGGCCUUUGUUCAGUGGCUAGAGAAAGCAGAUAUUGAGGAAGAAUAUAUUCUGAUGGCAGAACCUGACCAUAUAUUUGUAAAUCCUUUGCCUAAUUUGGCUUACGGAUCCCAACCUGCAGGGUUUCCAUUUUUCUAUAUAAAACCGGUCGAAAAUGAAAAACUAAUUAGGAAAUUCUAUCCGGAGGACAAGGGUCCUGUUACUGAUGUCGAUCCCAUAGGCAACUCUCCUGUGAUCAUUCAGAAGUCCCUGAUGGAGGAAAUUGCUCCAACAUGGGUAAAUAUUUCAUUGAGAAUGAAAGAUGAUCAAGAAACUGAUAAAGCUUUUGGAUGGGUGCUAGAAAUGUAUGCUUAUGCUGUGGCGUCUGCAUUGCACGGCGUAAAGCACAUUCUUCGAAAAGACUUUAUGUUGCAGCCACCGUGGGACUUGCAUGUUGGGAAGAAGUUUAUCAUUCAUUAUACUUAUGGAUGUGACUACAAUUUGAAGGGACAACUAACAUAUGGGAAAAUCGGCGAAUGGCGAUUUGACAAGAGAUCAUAUCUUUUGGGUCCUCCACCCAAAAACCUUUCAUUGCCUCCUCCCGGUGUUCCCGAAAGUGUGGUGAGGCUUGUAAAGAUGGUGAACGAGGCUACUGCAAACAUUCCUGAAUGGGAUUCAUUGAAUAGAAAAAGCUGAGGCAAAAAGAUAACAGAUCUAUAUACACACCAUAAAGCCUUAGGGGCAAUGAUGCUAUUUCAUUGACUUAAAAUACGAGGGCCACCAAUACUGGUUUCAAUACAUGUCAAAUAGUUUACUGAGAGAGGAAUUGUCAUAAAUACGAAGAAUUUUUUUUGUUCGAGCUAUGGAAAUAGUUUUAUUUUUGGUUUUUCUUAUUAUAUAUAAAUUUUUUAGUAGUCCCUCAGAUUCAUUGAACUCGGAACAUGUAAUUACAGGCUAUUACAUGGUUAAAUUUUUGCCCAACGAAACCUCAUAGUUCAUUCGAUUGUAAAAUCA